CAGUAUGCGCUGCAUACAAACCACGAUUGCAAUUGUGUUACUAAUGACUAGUGAUCUGGUAUUUGGAGGAGUUGUACAUAAUGCGAAAGAGCACUGGGGUGCAAGAGGAGAGGAAAAUACAAAACGCAAGGGACAUGAUGGCGUAAAGAAACAAGACAAUGAUGUAUCCAGUGAGGAGGAAGACUUUGCACAAGUGCCGUCUAAUAGAGUGUCCAUAGAAGCUGAACAAGGUCGUUUUGAGGGCGACAUUAUUAACAGUCCGUAUCAAACUGGAAUCAAGAAGUUUCGGAAUGUUUUACAUGAAGACUUUUGGGGUAAUUUUCUAUGGACAAAUGGUGAAGUUCCUUACAUAUUAGAUGACAAUUACACUCCGAUGGAAAGGAAACACAUUGUGGAUGCCAUGGCACUUAUAGAGAGUAGGUCAAUGAAUUGCGUGAAGUUCAAAGAAUAUUCAAAUCCUACGG